UUCACAUAUUUAACAUUAGUAAUUUUCUCUUAGUCAUAUUUAAUAUUGUGAUUUUUUCCAAUUGGAAAAAAAUUGUAAAUUAGCUAUAAAAAAUUUGUAAGGAUAAGGGGUAAUCAAAUUUGGGAGACUAUAUUUGAGAAUAAAUUUAUCGAUUAAAAAAAGCCAUUGAGGAAAUAAAAAUUAUUUGUUAAAACAUUUCCUCACUAUUCCAUCAGAUAAGAUAUGAGCAAAAAUUGUCAACCAUAAAAAUCUGGAACGAUAUUCAAUAGAUAAUAUCUAAAAUGUGGAAAGCAACCGCCGGUAAAAAUGUUAAUAUUCAACCUGAUAAUGAUGAUGAUGAUUGGGAAACAGAUCCAAAUUAUGUAAAUGAUGUGAGCGAAGAAGAACAACGAUGGGGAAACAAAGGGGGGCGAACUGCCGGAGCAAUUGAUAUGCAUCAAUUAAUUGAAGAGACUGAAAAGGCAGAUGCUGACAAAAAGAAAAAACAGGCUGAAGAAAUUAAUGUUCAAUUUGGAUAUGGUGGCAAAUUUGGUGUACAGAAAGAUAGAGUUGAUAAAUCAGCUGUAGGAUGGGAUCACAUAGAAAAAGUUGAAAAACAUGACUCUCAAAAGGACUAUUCAAAAGGUUUUGGUGGAAAAUUUGGUGUUCAAAAAGAUAGAGUUGAUAAGUCGGCUGUUGGUUGGGAUCACAUAGAGAAAGUUGAAAAACAUGAUUCCCAAAAGGAUUAUUCGAAAGGUUUUGGAGGAAAAUUUGGGGUUGACAGUGAUCGUGUAGAUAAAUCUGCCGUUGGUUGGGAUUACAACGAAGCUGUCCAAAAACAUGAAAGCCAAGUUGAUCAUAAGGUUGGUUUUGGUGGAAAAUUUGGAGUUCAAAGUGACAGAAUGGAUAAGUCAGCUGUAGGUUUUGGAGAGACAAAAGAUAAAAUUGGUACUAACUAUACAAAAGUUAAACCCGAUAUAGGGGGUGCGAAACCUUCUAACUUACGUGCUAAGUUUGAAAAUUUAGCUAAGAGCUCAGAAGAGGAAAUUAAGAGAAAAGCUGAAGAACAGAAGCGUCUGAGAGAAGAAAAAGAUAAGUUUGACCGUGAACAGGCAUCUCAACGGGAAGAUAUUGAAACUGUGGGUAAAAAGGAAACAUUAGAGAUCAAUCGGAAAACCGGACCUAUUGACACGGGAAGAGCAGAAAGUAUUGGAAAUGCCAUUAAUGCAUUCAAUAAAAUUCAAUCUCCUGAAAUUGAAAAAAUUCAACAAGCUCAAAGAAAGGAACCGAUACAAUUGCCAAAAGAUGAACCGAAAAUUUCUGUCCAACCCGAUUUAAUUCCUACAAAAAAAGACAACGAAAUUGUUGAUUUGACUGAGGAGGUUGCUGAAUCAAAUGACUGGGGAUCGAACCAGGUCUUAAAACCACCGGCUGAGUAUAGUCAAGGAGAACUAUCAAAUCAACUCUCAGAUCCAAAUGUUGUAGAGAAUGAAGUCGCUCAAAACGAUGUAACUUUACCUGAAGAGCCUAUAUAUGGAAAUCAAGAAGACUUAGCUUCGUUCAUUGAAGAUACAGGCAUAAAAGCGAUUGCAUUGUAUGAUUAUCAAGCAGCAGCUGAUGAUGAAAUCACGUUUGAUCCCGAUGAUGUUGUCACACAUAUUGAAAUGAUUGAUGAAGGAUGGUGGCGCGGUCUUUGCAAAAAUCGUUAUGGGCUCUUUCCUGCUAACUAUGUACAAUUAGUAGAACAACAGCAAACGUAAAAAAUUAACAUAUUUUCGAAUGUCAAUAAACAAAACGUUAGAAUAGAAGUUAAACCUAUUAUAAUUAAAAAUUUCAUGCAUUUUUUAUACAUUUUUUUAAUUUGUAAAACAUUUUGAUAAUUUAAGUACAUCUGUAUUGUCUAUUAAAUAUUUUAAUAUGUUGUGACUUACGUAUCAGUGUUAAUUUUUGUAUUUUCUACGAUUAUUUUAUUUACUUGUUAAUAAAUCGAAAUUAUAAAAUAAAUAAAAC